AUGCCAACAGCAGCAUUUUCAAGUGGACGGGACGGCAACUUUCGACAGUACUCUCUGCCCACAUACGGCGCCAAGGACUUUGAGCACUUCCAGAUGCAGAACCACUUCUUUUUGGCGGUGGCGAAUCACCAAAAUAAUGAAGGCAGUCUGAACGUGUACAGCGAGAUCCUGCGGUACAGUCUGGGCUCAGGCCAGUACCGGCCGUACCAGCGCCUGCUGACGUACGGCGCCGUGCGCUUCCGGCACUUCUCCUGGGGCGAGGGCGUGGGCGCCGAACACUUCCUUGUCGUGGCCAACCAGGCGGACCGCGAGCCGGGCGACGCGGAGGCCAACUACCGCGUCAACUCGGUCAUCUACAAGUUCUCGCGCAUGCAGUUUGUGUCAUUUCAGUGCAUCCCCACGGUCCGCGUGCGGGACAUUCUGCCUAUUUGGGGGCCGCGCGGCGGGUUCGUGCUGGCUGUGGUGGACGACGAUGGCCUUAAGUUGUACCAGUACACCGGCUGGCGGUUCGUGCUGUCGACCUUGGUGCCGCUGCCGCCGGUCGCCGACGCCGCCACUGAACUGGCCGUCUUCACGCACGAAGGCUUCGUCCACCUGGCCGUGGGCAGUCCUGGUGGGCCGAGUUACCUACCGACCAUCUACCGCCUGCUCUUCCAACGGCGCACCGACCUGCGCGACCUGCACCAGCGGUGCAUGACCUGGUGUCAGGACCUGCGCGUGCGCGUGCAGGCGGUGCGGCCGCGCGUGACCGGGCUGGGCGUACGCAUGCAGGCGGCGCCCCGGCUGGACCAGCCCGUCUCGUUCGCCUCACUGCAGCUGAGCGCCGCACCGCGCGCCCGCAUCCGCUCGGUGGCCGUCAACAAUGUACGGCUGGAAACGAACACGCUCAACUCUGGCCUUCUGGAGCGGCUCAAGUCGCUGCAGCGGCGACUGCAGGCGGGCAUAGCCUCGCUGGCCGGCCUGCACCACCAGCUGGCCGGUGCCGUCUCCAUCAACGCCAACCACACCUUCUCCAAUGGCGUGACUGUCACCGGCCCGUGGCACCUGAACAACGCCCACGUCGGCUCGCUGCGCGCCCAGCGGCUGAACGGCAUCGGGGACUUGGCCGGCUUCCUGGCCGACGUCAUCUGGACGAACCGGCCGUUCGUCGCCGACUCAGCGAAACUGGCGUUCGGCUCGCUGGUGGUCCAGGACGGGGCCAGUCUGCACGUGGGCACGCUCAGCCACGUGAACCCGGACAGCUUCGUCACGCUGAGCGGCAACCACGUGAUCACGGCCAGCAAGGUGGUCCACGGUCACGUGACGGCGGGUGACGUCACCGUGCUGGGUCUGGUGAACGGCGUCUUGAUCGACACAUCGACGGCCAUCGUGCAGAGUGUGCUGCCGGGUGAGCGCGCCGCUGGCUGA